GGCGGGGGCGGCGGACGGACGCACGGACACACCCGCCGGCACUCCGGCCCGGGCCGGGCGCGCCGCUGCCGGGGAUCCCUAGGGCCCGGGGAGCAGCGCCGGGUGCCCGGCCGGGGGCGCCCCGCCUCCCCCACCCUCCACCCCCGCCCACUCCGGCGCCCGUGAUUGGCUCCGCCCGCCCCUGGCUGCGCGCCGAAGCCCGCCUCCCUCGCAGCUAAAGAAGACGGUACCCGGAGCGGAGCGAGCCAGAAGGGAGCAUGGUCCCCGCGCCGCGGCCGCGCCAGCCCCCGCGCCGCCGUCCCCGCCGCCGCGGAUCUAGCUGCAGCUCCAGCCCCGGCCCCGGCUCCGCAGCGCCAGCCCGCAGCCCCGGCGGCCGCCGCGCCUGAGCGCAGCCCCCGCCCGGAGCCCGAGCCCCGAGCCCGGAGCAGCCCCAGCCCCGCGGCCGCCGCGGCUGCGGGGAGAGGGCGGGGGCGAUGCUGCCGGAGCCGCCGCCGCCGCCGCCGCCUCGGUGAGAGCCGCGCCGCGCCGCGCGUAGCCGCACAGGCUGACAGGCAGAAGGACUGACUUCCCUCUCCCGGGCAUCCUCCCUGGGCUGCCGGGAGGCGGCGGCGGCGGAGGAGGAGGAGGAGGAGGAGGAAGAGGAGGAGGAGAAGGAAAAGGGGGAGACGGCGGAGAGCAGGAACGCGAGGAGGUGGACCUGGAUCCGUUUCUCCCGGCCAGGACCCGAGCGGCCCCAGCUACCGCUACCCGCCGGCGCCGUCCCCUAUCCAUCAGCCCUCCUGCGCCCACCCGCGACCCCCGGCUCUCUGCGCGUCGGGCCGGGGCCGGAGCGGCGCGGCCGGAGACUGUCUGGCCUCCUGGUGAUGCUCACGCUGUGCUAAGUGUCGGUGGCCAUCAAGGUUUUCGCAUCCUGGGGACGAAUCCUGACCUUGCCAGAGACGGACAUCGAAAGCAGGUCCGGCCUCUGUUCCCCUGUGAGGAGCAGCCACGGCCCAGCAAGAUGUCCCGGCACCACAGCCGCUUCGAACGAGAUUACCGCGUGGGCUGGGACCGCCGAGAGUGGAGCGCCAACGGUACGCAUGGGACCACCAGCAUCUGCAGCGCCACCGCGGGGGCCGGUGGCGGCUCAGCCAGUAGCCUCAGCGCCCGGCCUGGCCUCUUGCCGCUGCCCGUGGUGCCGUCCCGGCUGCCCACGCCCGCCACCGCCCCGGCUCCCUGCACUACCGGCAGCGGUGAGGCCAUCACCAGCCUCGUGGCCAGCUCUGCCUCCGCCGUCACCACCAAGGCUCCCGGCAUCUCCAAAGCGGAUAGUCAGUCCCAGGGACUCACGACCAGCAUCCGGUGGGGGCAGACGCCCAUCAAUCAGUCCACGCCCUGGGACACUGAUGAGCCGCCCUCCAAACAGAUGAGGGAGAGUGACAAUCCAGGCACAGGGCCAUGGGUGACCACGGUGGCCGCCGGGAACCAGCCUGCCCUGAUCGCACACUCCUAUGGAGUGGCCCAGCCUCCUACCUUCAGCCCGGCUGUGAACGUCCAGGCCCCAGUCAUUGGGGUGACCCCCUCACUGCCUCCCCACGUGGGGCCCCAGCUCCCGCUGAUGCCAGGCCACUACUCGCUCCCACAGCCACCCUCUCAGCCACUGAGUAGCGUGGUGGUCAACAUGCCGGCCCAGGCCCUGUACGCCAGCCCACAGCCCCUGGCCAUGUCCACACUGCCUGGCGUGGGGCAGGUGGCCCGUCCGGGACCCACUGCCGUGGGCAACGGCCACAUGGCAGGGCCCCUGCUGCCUCCACCAGCACCAGCCCAGCCGUCUGCCACCCUCCCCAGCGGUGCCCCUGCCACCAAUGGGCCCCCCACGACUGACUCGGCCCAUGGGCUGCAGAUGCUGCGGACAAUUGGCGUGGGGAAGUAUGAGUUCACCGACCCUGGGCACCCCAAAGAAAUGUUGAAGGAAUUGAACCAGCAGCGCAGAGCGAAAGCGUUUACAGACCUGAAAAUUGUUGUUGAAGGCAGAGAGUUUGAAGUCCACCAAAAUGUUCUAGCUUCCUGCAGCUUGUAUUUCAAGGACCUGAUUCAAAGGUCGGUGCAAGACGGCAGCCAGUGUGGCCGGGAGAAGCUGGAGCUCGUCCUGUCCAACCUGCAGGCCGAUGUCCUUGAACUGCUCCUGGAGUUUGUCUACACGGGCUCCCUGGUCAUCGACUCGGCCAAUGCCAAGACGCUGCUGGAGGCCGCCAGCAAGUUCCAGUUCCACACCUUCUGCAAAGUCUGUGUGUCCUUUCUCGAGAAGCAGCUGACGGCCAGCAACUGCCUGGGGGUCCUGGCCAUGGCUGAGGCCAUGCAGUGCAGCGAGCUCUACCACAUGGCCAAGGCCUUCGCGCUGCAGAUCUUCCCUGAGGUGGCGGCCCAGGAGGAGAUCCUCAGCAUCUCCAAGGAUGACUUCAUCGCCUACAUCUCCAAUGACAGCCUCAACACGAAGGCUGAGGAACUAGUAUAUGAGACCGUCAUCAAGUGGAUCAAGAAGGACCCCGUGGCCCGUGCACAGGGAUCAGGAUGCUCGUUUCAGCACCCCCCCCCCCCCCCGCAGCCUGGGGUGAAGCAGACGCCCGUGAGCUGGGCGGAGGCAGGAACGAGGUGCCGAAAAGGCAGACGGACGGUUCGCCCCAGGUAUGCCGCAGAGCUCCUGGCCGUGGUCCGCCUCCCCUUCAUCCACCCCAGCUAUCUGCUCAACGUGGUUGACAACGAGGAGCUGAUCAAGUCGUCAGAAGCGUGUCGGGACCUGGUCAACGAGGCCAAACGCUACCACAUGCUGCCCCACGCCCGCCAGGAGAUGCAGACACCCCGAACCCGGCCCCGCCUCUCCGCAGGUGUGGCUGAGGUCAUCGUCUUGGUUGGGGGCCGUCAGAUGGUGGGGAUGACCCAGCGCUCACUGGUGGCCGUCACCUGCUGGAACCCACAGAACAACAAGUGGUACCCCCUCGCCUCACUGCCCUUCUAUGACCGAGAGUUCUUCAGCGUAGUGAGUGCCGGGGACAACAUCUACCUCUCAGGUGGGAUGGAAUCAGGGGUGACGCUGGCCGAUGUCUGGUGCUACAUGUCCCUGCUCGAUAACUGGAACCUCGUCUCCAGAAUGACGGUCCCCCGCUGCCGGCACAACAGCCUUGUCUACGAUGGGAAGAUUUACACCCUCGGGGGACUUGGCGUGGCGGGCAACGUGGACCACGUGGAGAGGUACGAUACCAUUACCAAUCAAUGGGAGGCUGUGGCCCCUCUGCCCAAAGCCGUGCACUCCGCAGCAGCCACAGUGUGUGGCGGCAAGAUCUACGUGUUUGGUGGUGUGAACGAGGCAGGCAGAGCCGCAGGCGUCCUACAGUCUUACGUUCCACAGACCAACACAUGGAGCUUUAUCGAGUCCCCAAUGAUUGACAACAAGUACGCUCCCGCCGUCACCCUCAAUGGCUUCGUUUUCAUCCUGGGCGGGGCUUAUGCCAGAGCCACCACCAUCUACGACCCUGAGAAAGGGAACAUUAAGGCAGGCCCAAACAUGAAUCACUCUCGCCAGUUCUGCAGCGCCGUGGUGCUUGAUGGCAAGAUUUAUGCAACUGGCGGCAUUGUUAGCAGUGAGGGGCCUGCCCUGGGCAACAUGGAAGCCUAUGAGCCCGCGACCAACACGUGGACCCUACUCCCCCACAUGCCCUGCCCUGUGUUCAGACAUGGCUGCGUUGUGAUAAAGAAAUAUAUUCAAAGCGGCUGACAUCGGCAGAAAGCCCACGUGGAGUCUGGACAAGUCGGGUGAGGCAGAUGCUACUCACGGUGAUCAAUGUUCAGCAACACCAAUAAGAGGCCGAUAGACACAAUCGAAGAAAUCACUGCGCUAAACAUUUUGAAUACUCUCUACAUUGAAUGUAGAAAAUCAUCCUCGCCUUUGGGGGAAACGGGGGCAUAGCGCUCCGAGCAGCAGGAACCACAACCAUCCGAGGAGCUGGGCCGAGGGCUGGGGGGGGGCUCCUGCAAAGGCACUUGCUCUGAACGGAGGCGCUCACUCUGCCCGGUGCAAUAGAGUUUCACAUAUUUUUUCAACUGGGAGAGAGAAGCUGAUUUUUCCUUCCUGCAGAGCAAGUUUGAUCCCUACACAACCAUAGAUCAGUUAACCUAUGACAAUAUUAGGUGUCAGGCUCUCUUGGAAUAAGAUCAAAGUGUCCUUAUCACUUUGAUUCCUACUUUUGUUUUUAACCAAUCUACACUUUUCAGUGGCCGAGAGAAGAGAAGGGACAAUACUGUGCUGCACAAGGCCUGGGAGGUCCCUGCUGGUCCCUGCUGGGAUGAGGACGAGUCCAGCCACCUGUGCAGAGCCAGAUGUGGCUGGAGCCACAGCGCAGGGAGCAGCCUAGGGACAGCUGGGAGAACCUUUGUCCUUCACGGGUUUCUCUACCUUAUUUUUGCUGGAGGACAGGUGACCGCGCUAGCUUUCUCUUGUCCGAUAUGAAUUAUUUAGAUUUCCAAGGCAUUUUCUUGAUAAACAAAAAGGCUAUUUUUAAGUACUGAGAGAAGGAGGAGGCCAUGAGAGGGAUAAUGCAGGAAUUCCCAAAGCUCUUCGCAGGUAGUGCCAGAGUGGGGCAUUUGCUCUAAUUUUUUCUACGUGCAGAAUAGAGGAUCUCUCCUGGGUGGGGGUGAAUACCCCCGUUUUAUUUUUUAAAAAAUGUAACUCCCAGACAGCCCCAUUAAGAGCUGUGCCUCAUGGAGGCAUUGUCAAAGAAGAUUCUGUUCUAGAAGGAAACCAGUUCUGGCUCAUGACACCAGUCCAGCUCCCUCCAUGAGGUCAAGCUGAGGACCCAGGCCGGGUAGGAAGGGAGGAAGGGAGGGAGGGAGAAUAAAUGUCUACAAAGCACAGGAGACUAUUUUUGAUAUUUAUAGCUAUAUAUUAAGGCACCUGCCACAAGAGCUCUCAGGAUAGGGACAGCCUUCGUAGACGAGCCAUGACAGCCACGGCCUGAGGGGCAUGAGCAGAAUCACUCCUCCUGUAGCAUUUUAACCAGAGAAAGGGGAGCCAGGAGGGAGGUCACACCGUGGCUCAUGAGAGAAAGGCCUUCCUGCCAGUCCUCAGACCCUCAAACCUCACGCGGUGACCAGUUUCCAUUCCAGGGCAAGAAGAAAGCCGCCACCACUGCGCUUGUUUAGUUGAAGUUGGUACCAAAUACGCAUUCGCCAUUUUUAUAUCUGGGAAGUCAACUUGCCGUCAUUUCAUAAUAAAAACCAUUUCUAAGGAGAAAAGGACAGGACAGGACGUGCUUUCCAUCUUUCGGUAUUUGAUGACACAAAAUUCCAGUUCUAAUGUCGGGCAUCAACUUCUAGCACUACAAGUGUGGCUCCCACUUGGACAAGAUACCGAGCUUCGUUUAUGCAGUUUUUACUAUUAUUUAUUCUUUUAAAAAGUAAUAAGCACAAAACUACAUACGUUGUAUGUCAUUUAAAGUAUUUAUGUCAAACAGGGUGCAAGUGUGAACCCAAGGACCGGAGCACAAAUCUCUAACUGCCUGGGGCAGGGCCGAUGUUAGCGUUGGCGUGCGUCUGCCUCCAAAGGAGGCGUUAGUGGUCAGCGAGACUCAACACAGACGACAUUGAAAUUCCGCUUCUCUCCUCAUCUAUCACACUGGAGCAACACUGGCUAUUUCUGUGAAUGAUACAAAACAGGGUUCUCUGUAAUGGUAUUGUACAUAGUAUAUGUUUAUUGUUAAGUUCUUGUUAUAUUAUAAUAAAUAUAUUUAUAGAUCUAGA